GAACAUUUUGUUUUCCACUCUAUGGAUGAAAUAGUCAUAUCUGCGUAGAUGGAUCAGAGAAAAUUCACGACCUCCGAGGCCCCGGGAAGUUUAAGCCAAUCCAAAAAGCGGCGUUGGGUGGACGAAGUGCCAUCAGAUAUACCAGAGGUCGCAGCAAAAAAGAAAAAGCUACAGGCACUGUCCAGCGCAGAGUCAUCGCCUUCCCAACAGAAGUUGUCAUUCUCUACGACCCACCCCUCGCGACAAUAGAAACCCGAUUAAUGACUCAAAUUCGUCAUCUCGAUCCAGAAGAAUCAGUCUACCGUCGUCACUUCCGUGCCGCACGUCAUGUGCUCUUACAAGUAGGACCUUGUGCUUGUGAUCUGUUAUGGCGCAGUGUGCUAAAGCACCAUGAAACUCAUAUAUUGCCCCCCUACGAAGAAGAUGACGAUGCCGAUAUUGCUAUUGCAACUAUCAAGCGCGCAGUGCGCGACUUGGUGAAGAAUUGGAUGUUUUCUAUGCCUAAUUUUGACAUCACUUCAAGAAGCUUCAAUGUUACGCCAAAAUUUGCUAAGCUGGUCCAAAUUUUGAAAUCGUGUCAGAUUCUUGGAAGCGACUUCCGUGGCAUUGUCAUUGUCCAAAAACGUGCGGUUGCAUUAGCUAUCGUCGAUUUGUUGCGGAAUUCAGAUAAUGGACUAGGAUUUUUGCGACCAUAUGCUCUCAUAUCGACUUCAGAUUUUUACCAUCAAGACGAAACUUGUCGCAAAUUUUCAUUGGGAACACACAAUCUUCUCGUUAUUACCAAGUCUAACGAAGACCUUGAUAUCUCUGCUUCUUCUCUUGUGAUAAAAUAUGAUUUAUUCGAAAGUCAACUUUCAUACAUUUAUGCAUGGUGUCAUACCGGCAGAUGUCAUAGCUAUCUGGUUCAUAUGGCAGAAAAAGGAGACGAAACUCACCGCCGCAUCCUUUCGGAGCUUACUAGCUUUAGCCAAGAAAAUCGAACUUCGAUAGAAAAGUUCAAGGAGUAUAGGGGACGCUUCCUACUGCCUCACAAACUUGAAGAUACUAUCCAUUCCUACGAUUCGCAAACCGAGGACGAAGGCGAGAAGAGUGUAUCUCUAAAGGAUCCAGUCACCAGCAACCGUAUCUGUCUUCGAGAUGCCACCAGCACAGUAUACCGUCUUGCUGCCGCUAUGUACGACGUUGAAAAACCUUUCGAUGUUGAGCUAUUUCGGAUCAACAAACAUCUGGAUGAGCAAGGAUCCUGGACAUAUUCAUGCAAUGUCAUGUUACCUGCACACCCAACCCUACGGGUGUUUACUGGAUCUUCGUGUCCUACGCCAGCCGAUGCUCGUCGUUCAGCUUGCUACUAUACCUGUACUGAGCUGUUCAACGCUGGGGUCCUUGAUUAUCGACUUUUUCCGCAACAACGUUUGAAGCCGGCUAGAUUCUUGGAAGACGAUUUUGAAGAGCCGAAAAAAAAUAUGUCAAACAAGAAUGGCCAAGCUACGCCUAAUCAUUUAUAUCCGCGCAGGAAACCUGCUUUUUGGUCCAAUUCGCUUACUGCUGUUUUCAACGACACACUUUAUCCAGUAAUGGUGGCUCUCAGUGGAUUUUCUCCCGACCAAUAUGCUCCUGUUUUACUCCUCACUCGCCAUCCUCUACCUCGAAUGCACGAUUUCAAACUCUUCUUCUCCGGCAUCUCUGCACCUCUGCAUCUAGCAUGGGGAGGCCCCCUCGAAGUUGAUCAGAAUCAAUUGGCUUUACUCCACCAGUAUACGCUUAGAAUCUGUCGCAUUGUCGCGAACAAGCCAUUUGCUUGUCCAUUGAAUGAGAUGGCAUAUUUUUAUGCACCCCUGAAAUCUGAUUGCACUCGUACUUCUAGUCAGGUACAGAGUAAAUGGAAUAUCCCCGAUUUUAGUGAAUUCAUUUGCUGGGAGUCUGUCCGCAUCGCGAGUCGACAGUGGGCAACCCCCUUAAAUUGGAGAAAUGUUGAAGAUUUAGCCAAUGACACCGCUGACGCCGUUAUCCAGGACCGCUGGGUGGAAUUCACUAGACGAUACUAUGUCGUGAAGACCAGGCCAGACUUGUCCCCGAUGAGCAAGCCAGCGGAUAGUCCUCGAGAAGCCGCAUAUCCUAAUCUAUUAGAAUAUUGUAAAUCGCGUAGAAAGGGAUUAGAUUGUCUGGUAGAUCAAGAGCAGCCUUUGAUCGAGGUGUCGAAAACUCCUGGCUUGUCCAAUCAUCUGAGCCCGACGUUCCGCCCUCUGACAACAUCUGCAAAAGCGUCCGCUAAGUAUCUCAUUCCCGAGCUUUGUGCUAAACUCACCAUUCCCGCAAGCACACUCAGGACUGCUUUGCUCUUACCGUCAAUCAGUCGAAGGAUCGACGAUAUCUUGAUCGUGAAAGAGUUGAAUGCCAAGUUUUUCAACCACCAUAUAACCGAAGAGCUUUUGCUAGCUGCUAUAUCCACGCCAUCCGCGGGCUUUGACUACGACUACGAGCGUCUGGAGGUUCUCGGAGACGCAUUCUUAAAGUACUUGUCUUCGAUUUAUGUAUUUGUCACAAACCCUGCAAAAAACGAAGGAGCGCUGCAUGUGUCUCGACAGCAGAUUAUUAGCAAUAAAGCUCUACUGAAAACUGCCUGUACGGUUGGUCUGCCACCAUUUAUACAAUCAAGGCCCUUCAGCUAUAAGGUAUGGCAACCACCCAAUUUUUCGCUGGUGUCCAUCAGAGAGGACUUCACUCCGAACGACGACACAAAAAAAAUUUCAAAAGCACCCUCCCAAAGUCCACUAGCUCGCAAAGAAACCGAAGCCAUUAUGGAGGCUCCCCCCAAGAAGAUCGAAUCCGAAGACUCCGUGAAGGGGAAAGCUCUUCCAGGCUCACACGCAAGCUCUAAGAAGGAAAACCGCGGUCAGCAGGACACACAAUACACACAAUGGCUAGGUGACAAGGCCAUCGCUGACGUAGUAGAAGCCAUUAUCGGUGCAGCCUACAUUUCUGGAGGACGCGAUCUUGCAUUAACUACUGCGAAAACCUUGGAUAUACCCAUUCGAAACAUUGAACAUUGGGCUGACUUUGGACGGAAGGCGCUAACCCCUCCUCCUCGCGUCACCGCCAAGUUGCGCGAUGGGUCUAUCGAAGCAGUAGAAACUAUUAUAGGACACAAGUUCGCGUACCCACAUCUUCUGGCACAAGCAUUGACCCAUGCGUCAGUUCAAGGUUAUCAAUCGACUUGCUACGAAAGACUUGAAUUCAUUGGCGAUGCUAUCUUGGAAUUUAUGGUGAUCCGCCAUAUUUUCAACCGCGACGAUAAGAUGUCUCCGGGUGUCUUAACAUUAAUGAAGGGAGCUAUGGUAUCAAAUUCUGCCCUGGCAGCUGUUUGUGUAUGGUCCGGCUUACACGAACAUAUACUGUACGAGUCUUUCCCUCUCGCUGGCAACAUCCAAGGCUAUAUAGAUGAGCUGAAAAAGAAGCAAACUGAAGAGUAUGAGUUGGCAGCUCGCGAACAGAGAACCCCAGGACAGUUUUGGCUUGAUGUAGAACCGCCAAAGGCUCUCUCAGAUGUGGUGGAGUCAAUUAUAGGGGCGAUCUAUAUAUCAGAUGGCUUUCAGCCCAUUGGCUCAGAAUUAGUGUUCAACAACAUCCUGAAACCGUUCUACAAUAAGCAUAUCACGUUGAAAACACUGUCUCAUCAUCCUACUAAGGUUAUACUGGAGCUCCUCGAAGCACAUGGCUGCCAAAGCUUCGAAAUUGUGAAGAAAGAGGAUACCAACCAACCUGGAUUGACGUGCUGUGAAACGGCUAAUGACUCAUCGACUUUAGUUGUGAUCCACGAUGUCAUUCUUGCAGCAGCUACAGAUACAUCCGCUGCUAUGGCAAGUCGGCGAGCAUCGGCUUUAGCUAUCGACGCGUUGGAAGGCGAUGCUGGAUUUUUAGGACGCACAUGCGACUGUCGAAAUCUCGCCCAAGCCAAGAAAGGCCGUAAAAAGGCUGUGGACAAAAUCUUGGCUGACCUCCAAGAUAAAGAAGGAAAGGAUAUUGAGGCAUCAUUACUGGAUUCAACAGUAGCCUCUCUAGGCUAA